GGCGUCUUCACCUGGCAACACCCCAAAGCAGUGUCUGCUUCAAUACUCAUAAAUCAUAAUGAGAAGAAUAGGCCUGUCUUUGUGAAUGAAUGAAUGAAUGAUGGCGCUACUACGUCUUGCCUGCUUAACUUCACCCCAUUCCCAAUCCACCCCUUUCCCUUUCCUUGGGAGCACACCCAUUUCCCAAUCCAUCAAUACCAACUCUUACUUCCGCUUUCCGCGCCUAUCCCUCGUUACAACCAAACAAACCCUUAACCCCAUUCUCCCACUCGCCACCGAUUCCCAACAACAAACCCACGAAACCGCUCAACAAGAAUUCUCUCCAACCAGGUUGCUCGCUCAGAACGUGCCCUGGACAAGCACCCCCGAAGACAUUCGCUCCUUGUUCGAGAAACAUGGCAAAGUCCUCGAAGUCCAGCUUUCAAUGUAUAAGAAAAACAGAAACCGGGGUUUGGCCUUCGUCGAAAUGGCUUCCCCCCAAGAGGCUCUUGCGGCGCUCAAUAACCUCGAAUCGUAUGAGUUUGAGGGACGUGUGAUGAAAGUGAAUUAUGCACGACCAAAAAAGAUCAAAACACCGCCGCCUGUGAAACCAAAGCUUCCGGUGACAUUUAACUUGUUUGUUGCAAACUUGUCCUAUGAAGCGAGGUCCAAAGAUCUCAGGGAGUUUUUUAAUUCGGGAACUGGUAAAGUUGUUUCUGCUGAAGUUGUGUUUAAUGAGAAUCCUAGGAAGCCCUCAGGUUAUGGAUUUGUGUCCUUCAAGUCCAAGAAAGAAGCUGAAGCUGCUCUUUCUGAGUUCCAAGGAAAGGAAUUUAUGGGAAGGCCAAUCAGGGUGGAUCGCAGUCGGCGAUUUGCUCAACAACUAGUGGCGAGGAGUGCAAAGUCUGAAGAUACAUCUCCUGAGUUGAGUGGGAGUGCAAAGUCUGAAGAUACAUCUUCUGAGUUGAGUGGGAGUGCCACGUCUGAAGAUGCAUCUCCUGAGUUGAGCGUGAAUGGGGCAGAAGCUGACAAAGCUGAUUGAUAUAAUUUUUUCCCUGCAUAUCAAUAUUUUGAUGCAGCGUUUGCACCUUUAUAAACCAGAGGCUCAUGAGAUACAAGGAACGAAUAGGUUUAAGCACAAGCAUUUCCGUGAUUCAAGAAGGAAUAUUAGUAUUAAAUGAAUGGUAACAUCUCCAUGGAAUCAAGAUAUCUUCAUUACUUAAUUUAACAAUUGUCCGGGUAUGCUACUAUAUCUUAGGAAAGCGAGAAAAUAUGUAUAUCAAUGGUGGUGGCGUUUGCAUCUUUGCUGGUUAGUGGUUACUUCCCAAUGACAUGUAUUGUGGAUGUGGUCCAAUAUUUUUGUCUUCAAUAUAAUGAGUAGUUUAAUAAUAUUGGUUCAAAAUUUACCAGUUGAUUA